AUGGCAGCUACUUGGAAUGAAUCUGAUAAAGAAAAAAUGAACCCUUUAGUUGAAUUCUUCAACAAGGGUUUAAGAAGUCCUGUGUUUAGGCGUCCAGAUGAAGUUGGUUUGGCUUAUGAAGAUGUUUUCUUUCCUUCACAGGACGGGGUUCCUCUCGAAGGAUGGUUUAUUCCUGCAAAAUCCAAUAAAAUAAUCAUUUGUAAUCAUUUCAUGCCUGGAAAUCGUUACGGUUAUGCAGGGCAUUUGGAAGGGUUCCAAAAUUUUGGCGGUUUCGAAGUGAACUUUCUUCCUCAAUAUAAGGCACUUCAUGAUGCAGGCUACAAUAUAUUGGCGUAUGAUUUAAGAAAUCAUGGUCUUAGUGGUCAAGGAAACGGCGGUAAUGUUGCAAUUGGUCUCAGAGAAUAUCGUGAUGUCAUUGGAUCUUUGCAAUAUGUCAAUUCAAGAGCUGAUACUAAAGACAUGGUCAAAGGGUUGCUCAGUGUCUGUUUAGGUUGUAAUGCCACGAUUGUUGCAAUGGAUAAGAAUCCAGAGUAUUUUAAGGACAUUAAAGCGAUGAUUGCACUUCAACCAAUUUCUUUGAAGUAUUUUAUUGAAAAGGCUGCGGAAAACCAGAAUUUGAAGGUUGAAGAAGCAACAAAAUACUUUGCUGAGAGUCUUCGUAACGUUAAUGGGUUUAUUCUUGAAGAGCUUUCGCCAACGCCAUACGCAAAGAGUGUAACUGUUCCCACCAAAGUGUUCCAAGUGCGCAAUGAUUACCGUACCAAUGUUGCAGAUGUACAAGAAAUCUAUGAUACAUUGCUGUCUAAACAAAAGGAGCUUUACUGGAUUGAAGGAACAGAUGAAAGAUUUGAGGGAUACAACUUUUUAUCCAGAAAUCCUCAACAUAUGAUUGAGUGGUUUGAGAAAUAUGUUUAA